GAGCAAUCCACCAUGCCUGAAGUUAAAGACCUUUCGGAAGUUUUGCCAGAGACAUCGAUGGACCCCAUCACAGGAGUUGGGGUAGUGGCUUCCCGGAACCGAGCCCCAACGGGCUAUGAUGUAGUUGCACAGACGGCAGAUGGUGUGGACGCUGACCUCUGGAAAGACGGCUUAUUCAAGUCCAAGGUUACGAGAUACCUGUGUUUCACAAGAUCGUUUUCCAAAGAAAAUAGUCAUCUAGGGAAUGUGCUAGUGGACAUGAAGCUCAUUGACAUCAAGGACACGCUGCCUGUGGGCUUCAUCCCCAUCCAGGAGACGGUGGACACACAGGAGGUGGCUUUCAGGAAGAAAAGGCUGUGUAUUAAGUUCAUCCCCCGGGAUUCAACUGAAGCCGCCAUCUGUGACAUUCGGAUCAUGGGCCGGACCAAGCAGGCACCUCCUCAGUACACGUUCAUUGGGGAGCUGAACAGCAUGGGGAUCUGGUAUCGAAUGGGCAGAGUGCCAAGAAAUCACGACUCAUCUCAACCCACGACGCCGUCACAGUCGUCAGCUGCUUCCACCCCAGCCCCCAACCUUCCCAGGCACAUCUCUCUGACACUGCCUGCCACCUUCCGAGGCAGGAACAGCACCCGGACGGACUACGAGUACCAGCACUCCAAUUUGUAUGCCAUAUCAGCAAUGGAUGGUGUGCCUUUUAUGAUUUCAGAGAAGUUUUCGUGUGUUCCAGAAAGUAUGCAGCCCUUUGAUCUCUUGGGAAUCACCAUCAAAUCUCUAGCAGAAAUUGAGAAGGAGUACGAGUACAGCUUCCGCACAGAGCAGAGCGCCGCCGCCAGGCUUCCGCCCAGCCCCACACGGUGCCAGCAGAUCCCUCAGUCCUGAGGUGCCAGCGGCCUCCUCGGGGAGAAGAUGCCUCCACCUGGUGCCCACACUACUGACAGGGCGGCUGGGGCUGCAGGCCGCUCCCCUCCCUCACCCGCCUCCUGCCGCCCUUCCCACCAGCCACCCCCUCCCACGCCACCAUACCCGGGCAGCCGAGCGGUCCUGUGUGGUCGCCAGCCUGCCUGGUGGGGCUCCCAGCCUUCUUGGGGAUGUUGUCUGUAAUCGCAACUAACCUGCGUGCCGUAGUGACCGCAACACCCAGCGUGUCUGUCAGACGAGUCGUCCUAGAGAUACCUUACUUUCCCCC